AUGACCCCAUACACAGUUUUGUUGUCAACAGACGACUCGAUGCCACUCCCAAAAGUCAAGAUAGCAAAUUACAUGCGAGAAGCCACUCACAAUUUUUCAGUCGGGAAGUUGUGCUUUUUUGCGCCGGAAGUUCUUCAAGACGUUCGGCUUGGGAAAAUACAUCGACACGAGAAGGCGGACGUGUGGAGUCUUGGGAUGAUUUGUUACUUCAUUGCAACAGGGGACCACCCGUUCAAGACAAAUUCGCUUGAGAGAAUAAUUGCGCGGGAGCCGAUCAACUUCACGAACAUCACAUUCAAAGACCUCCGAAGGAUAUUGAGGAAGAUGUUAUCGUAUGAUGAGAAAGAGCGAAUUGGGUAUAAGGAGUUGUUGCGCGACAACUUUGUGCGGGUUAGUGAUGAGUUAGUUGGGAACAUUCAUACCGAGUUAUAUCCUGGGGAGUACGAGUCAGUCAAAGUGAUUGGGAAAGGGAUGUAUGGGAAAGUGUAUGAAGCGAAGAGGAAGGGGGAGGAGAGUGUAGCGAUCAAAGAGAUUCGGGCGAGCAACGAGAAUCAAGUUUUACGGGAGUGUCGAAUAAUGAAGAUGUGUCGUCAUGAGAAUUUAGUGAAGAUCAUCGAUUAUUUCAGUUUUCCGUAUUCGAUCUUUGGGGAAGAGGCGGGAGGAACGUUUCAAUAUAUAGUGAUGGAGAGAUGUGAGUGCGACUUGAUGACGUAUUGCUUGUCGCAUCAAUUGAGUUAUGCGAUGGUGAAGGAGAUCAUUCGGCAACUCAUUAAUGGCCUCCACUACUUGUUGAGUGUUGAGAAAAUAUUCCACCGGGAUUUGAAGUUAGAGAACUUCUUAAUUAAAGAGGAGAAAGGGAAGUUUGUAGUAAAGAUCUCGGAUUAUGGCUUUUCUAAGGUGUUACUUGACCAAAGUCUGUUUGAGAGUUAUGUUGGGACGCCACAGUACAUGGCGCCAGAAAUUGCGUUUGUUGAUUUCAGAGGGAAUUACACGAUAGCUUCUGAUAUGUAUUCGUUGGGAGUUUGUCUGCACUUUUUGGCGUGUGGGAAAAUGCCUGCGACGCAGAGCCAAGACUCGUUGUGGAUUUGUAUUGACUCGAAUAUCCGAAGUGAUGGGAAAUACUUGGAGGGUGUCAAUCCUGAAUUAGCGACGUUGAUUCGAAAGAUGUUGCAAAUUGAUGUGAAGAAUCGAAUCACGUGGACGGAACUGUUUCAAAACGAUUAUGUCAAACGGGUGUUGGGGUGUGUGUUUGAGGAUCACUCGCAGAGUUUUGUGAAAUCGCAUCUUCCCGCGCCGAUGUGUGUUGAAGGCGCGGAGAAGAAAAGUUUCCGAUCACCACGAAAAGGAGGAAUGAAAGAAUUAACAAUCGAAGAGGACGAUUGCGACGACUUUGAUUUGAUUGUGCAAUGUUUUAAAGCUGAGGACGAAAUUAUCGAUGACGAGUGGAUAGAAGCACUGAACUCGUGUAAAAUGAGGAACGUAGUUAUUCAAAACAUCAAAAUUAAUGAAGUCUGUUUGGCAUCGUUUUUGGAGUUUAUGAGAGGAACAAUCACAGAACCAAUUGAGAUGCCGGAAAGCAUCCGAUUCGAAAACUGUUUGGUCCCAUUGAGACUCAAAAAAGAAAUGGACUAUGUCUCCACACACUUCAAUAUCUUUUUUGAUUCUCUUUCCACCACUUACUACACCGAAACAAAUAAAUAA